CAAAGUGCAGGUCUUUCCUCUCUAUUGUCACUGCCGCUCAAUACACUGACGCUCACAGAAAAAACAAGAAUUUGAAGUAGCUUGAGCUUGCUAUCAAGCCUGAAAAAAGAAGAAUAACACUAGCCCAAAAGGAGAUGUUGGAAGCCAAGAGUCUGAACAAGGCAGCUAUUCCCGAAACCCUCUUCACCAAUCCUUCUCCGGCCAACCUCCAAUCCACCCGCCUUGCUGUCCAUGCCAAUGGGAACUCUUCAUCUUGCUGGGUUUACGUUGCUUCUGGUUCCCGCGUUUACAAACUCUUGAUUGCGAUGGAGGACUCUUCAGUCGGACAGGGAAAAGAAAGCCUUCUAAUCCCAGAACACACUCAGGUUUUGGACUCAUCAUUGGUUAGCCGCUGUCCUCAUCGGGCGGAAAUCCAAAGCAUUGUGCUUGCGGGAACUGAAACAGGCAUGGAGUGCUCAAUUUUGGGAAGUGUAGACUCUUAUGGUCACCUCAUUGUUGCUCCCCUAAAUGAUAGAAAUACAGAUGUUGAUGGCUUUACAUAUACGGUAUCUCCUCGAGAUUCUGGUAUUGGAGAAGGGAGUUGGGCUGGCCUGUGCUUUAAUCCAAAUCAAUUGUGCAUGGCAGCUGUGGCACGGAGUUUGUGCAAGAGCAUUGAUAUUUAUGACCAAGAUAUUCAUCUCCGCACUUUACGUACAUUAUGGUAUCCUUCUUCACUAACUUUUAUGGGUAAUUCAAGUGAGAGUGCGAGUUCAAUGUUGGCCAUCACAGAAGGGUCCCUGCUGAGUAUAUGGGACUUACGUGUGAAAGAAAAUGGGGGUUGUGUGCAUAGAAUUUCGGGUUCUGUUGGAGAUAUUUUAUAUUCAGCGACUGUAUCUUCAAAUGGUUAUGUUGCUACUGGUGGGGCUGACCGAACUGUGACUGUAUAUGAUCCGCGUAGAUGGUGCGCAAUAUCUAGAUGGUUAAACUGCUCGAAAUAUGAGAUAACUGGACUGACUUUUUCAUCAGUCGACCCUAAUUAUAUCUAUGUCCAAGGAGUUGAUUAUGAGGUUCUUUGUGGACAAUGGAUAGAAAGCAAGAAAGCAUUUUCAUUUAGAGGAGACUCGAACUGGCUUGGGUUCAGCAAGUGUUCGGGUAGGGAUAUUUUGGCGGGAUGGUGUGAUUCGGGCAGCAUAUUUGUCGCUGAUGUUUUCUAGAAUAUAAAUUUCGAACGAGAAUAUACGCCAUGAAACGACAGUGAUAUUUUUGUUUUUUCCUGGUCUUUGAUUCUUGGUGCACACAAAGAGAUCUCCCUUUAAGGAACUGAAAAUUCUUGAAUGAUAAUCUUCUAAUUAAGAUUGAGAAUCAAUGGCUGCCUCUUCUUUAAAUUCUAUGUUUUUUAAAAAAAAAAAAAAAA